UGGACGCUUCCGGUCAGUUCCGCUGUAGCGUUAAACAUCAUUCGUUUUCGUACACGAUGCAGUCGCCAGUGCCACUCGUCAGCGAACGCUUGAAAAAUCACUGCCUUUUAAAUUUUUUUUCUGCGUUUUGGUUGCACGAGCAAUUCAUUGUCCGUUGCCACGAUCCAUUUGUUGAGCAUCUUUCCAUUCUGAAUUCGCCACGUUAGCGUGCCACCAUGCCCUAGAGGCCACCAGUCAGCGUACACUUUCUUUCGCGCUACACUAUGACGUGUACGCGAUAGUUCAUGCACACUUUCUUUUUACCAAAGCGCCAAAGUAUUGUCGCACCAUCUUCCGCUUUGUAUUCUUUUCUGUCUAUCCCCAUCCUGCCAUCGACCAGAUAUGCCACUCAUAGUCUAAAGAGCCGUACCUGAUGUGGAUGCAAGCCAGAUCUUCGGUUUUCGGGAGUUUAUGAUUUAUCUAUGGCUGGCGACGUCAAACCGAUCCCACAUGCGGGAUUGUACAAAUUCGGCAGUCUAGUCACAUUAACCCUGCAGAAUGUGGUCAUUAUCCUGCUCAUCAAGUACGCCAAAGCCCUGCCUGGCGCCACCUUCAUCUCCAGCACGGUGGUGGUGCUCAUGGAGAUCUUCAAGCUUCUGGCCUCCCUGGUGAUGCUGCUCAUCCAGCACAAGUCCCUGCGGGUAUGGGGACGCGAACUGUAUGAUGAGAUCUACUGCAAGAAGAUGGAGACGCUCAAAGUAGCCGUGCCUGCCUUCAUCUACACCUUCCAGAACAAUCUGACGUUUGUGGCUGUGUCGAAUCUUGAUGCUGCCACGUUUCAGGUGGUAUCGCAGAUCAAAAUUCUCACAACAGCCAUAUUUUCCGUGGUUAUGUUGAGGCGGCAACUGGGAGGAUUGCAAUGGGCAGCACUUUUUAUCUUGUUCAUAGGUAUCGCCGUUGUGCAGCUGGACCAACAAUCUCCGCAAUCGACCAAACUUUCGUACCACAUUCAGAGCCCACUCCUGGGACUCGCCGCCAUCAUUGUCUCGUCCCUUAUGUCCGGUUUUGCCGGCGUCUACUUUGAGAAGAUCCUAAAGACAUCCGAAGUAUCGCUAUGGCUGCGCAAUGUCCAGUUGAGUAUGUUCGCCAUCCCGAUGGGAUUGUUGACCUGCCUUUUGUCCGACGGGGACGCUGUGAUGUCCAAGGGCUUCUUCCAUGCGUAUAACGUCCUGACAUGGACCAUCGUCCUGCUGCAGGGAUUCGGAGGACUGACGGUGGCCGUCGUGGUGAAAUACGCGGAUAAUAUAUUGAAAGGCUUUGCCACGUCUUUUGCCAUUGUCUUUUCCGCGAUCGCAUCCGUGUAUAUUUUUGCCUUCGAGAUACACGGUCUGUUUGCGGUGGGUUCGGCGAUGGUGAUUGUGUCCAUUUUUAUGUAUGGAUACGUGCCGAAAAAGAAGGAUGCAAAGCGGGCGGAUCUGAAUGGGGUGGAGAAAAGCGUCAAGCAUGAAAGUCAGGUGCCUUUGUUGGAAAUGGGAAAAGAGGAAAAAUGAACUAGUAAUAGUUCUUUAUGGAUUAUGUUUAAAAUUGCCCAAGUUGUCAGAGAAUAGGUUAUUUGAAAGAAAAUAUUUUAAUACAGCAAGUGCCUGUUUCGUUGUAUUUAUUGUUGUGUGUUUCGAUAUUUUACUUGUUUUUUAUACAAGUUGUUGAUUGAUCUUUGGCUUCCUUUUUCUUGUCACAAAACCUUGUUUAUUCUCAAUCGGAAAUUUUCAGAAAGAAAUACGGAGAAAAA